AUGUCUGCCGAGAAACGUCCCGCAUCUGGUGAGCCAGAGGGCCAACUUGUGGUCAAGCGCCAGAAUCUGGGGGAGAAGGCCCUAGCACGAGCAAAUGCUUCAGGUUCUGGCGCAUUGGUGCAAUCACAGGCACCGCGCACCAGCGGCCUUCAGGCACCAGUGAUGGAGCUGUCUGGACACUCGGCGGAGAUAUUCUCAGCCAAGUUCGACCCAACUGGCAACCUCAUUGCCUCAGGUGGUAUGGACCGGAGCAUCAUGCUAUGGCGAACCUACGGGGAUUGCGAGAAUUACGGUGUCCUGACCGGCCACCGCGGCGCUGUCCUCGAUCUCCAGUGGUCCCGUGAUUCCGACAUCUUAUUUUCCGCUGCCGCCGACAUGCACCUCGCGAGCUGGGAUCUGACAUCCGGGCAGAGAAUAAGACGCUACGUGGGACAUGAGGAGGUCAUCAAUACUAUGGAUAUCAGCAGGCGCGGCGAGGAGACAUUGAUCAGUGGAAGCGACGAUGGCACAAUCGGCAUCUGGGAUCCGAGAACCAAACACGCUGCGGACUACAUUGAGACCCAGUUUCCCAUUACAGCCGUUGCAAUAUCUGAGGCCGGCAACGAAAUAUACUCUGGUGGCAUCGACAAUGACAUCAAAGUUUGGGACAUCCGCAAGAAGGGUGUGGUGUAUUCAAUGCUAGGACACCAUGACACCAUCACAACAUUGCGUGUGUCCCCAGACUCCCAAAGUCUUUUGUCAUACUCGAUGGACUCGACAGCACGCACUUGGGAUAUCCGACCUUUCGCCCCGGCGGAGAGGGCGAUUCGCACGUUCGAUGGAGCUCCAAUCGGCCUGGAAAAAAAUCUCAUCUCAGGCAGCUGGGACGCCGCUGGAAAGAAGAUUGCUGUGGGCGCUGGUGAUGGCACUGUUGUCAUCUGGUCGAGCGACAACGGCAAGCUGCUCUACAAGUUGCCAGGCCACAAGGGCACAGUGAAUGCCGCAGAGUUCUCGCCAGGCAAAGACCCUAUCAUCCUCUCCGCGUCCUCGGAUAGAACGAUGCUGCUAGGCGAGUUGAGAUGA